CAAUAGUUUCUUGUCUAAAGUUUAGUGUUCUCUUCCUCUUGAGACAUUCGAGUAGAUACGAAAGCUUUCUCCUUAAAAAAAUUAUAAAAAAUUUAAUUAUAAAAGAUGUUUAAACACAUAGUGCGAUCUGUUAUACAAAAUGUUCCUCGAAUGAGUAAUCGUUCCUAUUCAAUUUAUGGACCUACAAAUUAUAAACCACCAUCAAUGGAUGACCUACCAGUUCCACAAGGAUCAUGGCAAAAAGCUAAUGAUAAAAAGCAGGCAUCUUAUAAUAUACAGUUAGCUGCUUGUCUUGCCAUGACUGUAGUUACUUUCAUUGUGGCUAAAACAUCAGGAUUAAUUUACCUUAAUUGGUAUCCUCCUACUCCUAAGGAUAAAAAAGAAUAAUGUAAACAAAUAUUAUCAAUAGUUAAUUGUAGAAAAAUGAACAUUCUAUGAACAUCAAGUAUUGUUGUUCCUUUCUAUAUAUAAUAUUUAAUUUGUAAUAGAACUAUUAUAAUAUACAAGUUCAAAAAUG